AUGGUAGAAACGGAUCUCAUUCAUCAAGGUCGUCAAUUCGCCUCUUGGGCAGCUUCUUCGCCCUUCAAUCUUGCAAUCACAGUUGUGGGCAUCGUUUUGGUCUCUCAUUUGAUUCCAUUCAUUCUUGCUCCUCAUCUUUGGUUCGUUCCUGGCCCUAUUGGAGCUCAUCUUUCCGACCUUUGGCUCGUUCGUCAAGCACAAAAAGGUAAAAGAUUUUUAACUGUUCAUGCUCUUCAUCGUAAAUAUGGUAAAUUCGUUCGAUUGGCUCCAAAUCAUGUUUCGAUCGCCGAUCCUGAUGCAAUCGAUACCGUAUACGGGCAUGGAAAAGGAACACUCAAAUCAGAAUUCUACGAUGCUUUCGUUCCACCAAAACCUGCCGUUCGUGGUUUGUUUAAUACGCGUGAUCGUACGGAACAUACACGUAAACGUAAAAUUGUUUCGCAUACAUUCGCUCCAAAGAGUAUCAUUGCUUUUGAACCUUUUAUCAGACGUGAAAUUCAACUUUUGGUGGACAGAUGGGAUGAAUUUUGUGCAAAAGCAGAUCGAGAAAACGUUCAAGGUCCUCGUAAUUUGAACGGUCGUGCUUGGUUAGACGCUUUGAUGUGGUUGAACUUUUUUGCUUUUGAUACUAUUGGUGAUUUGGCAUUCGGAAAGCCUUUUGGAAUGUUGGAACAAGGUGCAGAUGAUGCAAGAGUUGAAUUCGAAGAUGCUUUUGGCAAAAAGAACACUACAACCUGCAAUGCCGUUCAAAUCAUUAACGAACGUGGAGAAUAUUCGGCUACAUUAGGAUGUGCUCCUACUUGGAUGCGACCAUACCUUGCAAAAUUGCCCUGGUUCAGUAAACGUUUGGCAUCUGUCAAGAAGCUAACAGGUAUCGCAACUGCACGUGUGAACGAACGUUUGGAGCAUGGUAGUGAUCGUGAAGAUUUAUUGGCAAAAUUACAAACUGCAAAAGAUGAUCAAGGUGAACAAAUGGGAAAGAUGGAAUUGGUUUGCGAAGCCUUAACACAAUUGAUUGCAGGAAGUGAUACAACUUCAAACACGAGUUGUGCAAUUAUCUAUCACCUUUGCACGAAUCAUAAAGCCAUGCAAAAAUUACAAGCUGAAUUGGAUGAUGCACUUAAAGAUUCAGAAGAUGUUCCAAGUCAUGAUGAAGUUCAAGAUUUACCUUAUCUCAAUGCAGUUCUUUCGGAAUCUCUUCGUUUCCAUUCUACUUCAGCUUUAGGAUUGCCUCGUAUCGUGCCUGCUGGAGGUGCAACGAUUCAAGGAAAAUAUUUCCCAGCUGGUUCGGUCGUCUCGGUUCCAUCUUACACCAUCCAUCGUGAUAAAGGCGUUUAUGGAUCAGACGCAGAAGCCUAUAAUCCUGAUCGUUGGUUGGUUGAUGGAGCACGUCAAAAGUAUGAAAAAGCAUUUGUUCCAUUCAGCGUUGGACCGAGAGCAUGCGUUGGUAGAAAUGUUGCCAUGCAAGAAUUAUCUAUUUUGAUCGCAGCACUCGUUCAUCGAUAUGAUAUCGUACUCAAAUAUCCUGAUGAACCUCUUGAUACGAUUGAAGGUUUCUUACGUAAACCAACAGUAUGUGAAAUUGGUAUCACCCGUCGUCAUUGA